CUUUGACGGAUCACCAAAAAAAGCCAACAGCAGGGCCACGGCCGGUCUGCAAAAUCUUUGAACUGCAGUCCUAGAUCCCUCCUAUACAAUACAAAUAGAAAAGAAAAAAGAAAAACGACACAAACUUCUGUCGUCUUCCUCGCCUUCGCCAGCUCUAUUCCACAAACACACAACCAACUGUCGGCCGACCGCCAAUGUUGCCGUGUUCGGUCCGACGCGUGGUGUCGGCGGCGCCUCAGACUCCCAUCAUGGGGUCCGUAGGCGCCGUCGCUGCCACGGCCGGUGCUCUUGCGUCCGCCGCAAGGGCAACUCGGCACCAGAGGCGAUACUCUUCCUCUAACCCGUCUAGCCCCGACAACGACCCCAAGGGUGUACCACCAUCAUCGUCCGACAGGUCCAUGCCGUCCCAGACAUCAAAAUCUUCAUCGUCCAGCUCUGGCGGUGACAAGAGGAGAAGGAGGACCAAGGAGCCUGCAGAUCGCUCGUCUUUCAAGUCGCUGCCCUCUGUCCCCAGCACGCAACACCUCCCUCGCGAGUCCCUCGCUCUGUCGGCCUUUUUCUCCCUGCACCGGCCCAUGUCCAUCACCCACAGCCUCCCAAGGACAGUGACGGACGAUGCCUUUGCCUCCAUCUUCCUCCGCCGUGGUCGUAGCGAAAAGACGCAAGACGUCAUCUCGACCCUCUCAAAUACCGUUCACGAGCUUGAAAAACCCAUGGGUGACCUCGGCCUCUCCCACGGCGACGCCGAUGCUAACGAGGGCAUGCGAGAAAUCACGCUCAAGAAUGCCGACGGCAGCGACUCGGGCGUCUGCGUCCAGCUCAACGACAUGCUCGGAUCCAAGUUCCAGCCCUUCUGCCCGCCACCGCUCCCUAAGCCCGCCGCUACGGAAGGCGGCUCCACUGCCGCCGCCGAGACCGUCGAGGCUUCUGAGAACAGCCAGGUCGAGCCCCAGCGCCGGCUGUACAAGGCCGUCCUGACGAUCGAGGAGACGGUGGACGAGAACGGUGAGGUCAAGUACGUGGCCCACAGCUCGGACCUCCUCGAGGACUCGGCACGGCCGCGGUUGUUCCUGGAGCGCAUGGCGGCGCGCCAGCUGCGGUUUGACGACAGCCGGAGGCAACGGCAACAGGACGGCAUGUGGGCCAUCAGCGUCAAGAGGCAGCGCAAGCUCAAGAUGAAGAAGAAGAAGUACAAGAAGCUGAUGAAGAAGACGCGUAACGAGAGGCGUAGGCUGCACAAGACCUAAACGCCAUCUAGAAGGUCGAAGGAGGUGCGAUCUCUUCUCGAUGCAGUUUCUUGUAUCCCCUUGGCUUGCUUCGAGGGGCGUAUCAUGCGCGCAUUUGCAUUGUGCAUUGGGGUUUAUUUCCCUUGAAUCGGCAGGCUUAUUUUUUUUCAUAGCCAUCGUGUUCGUAUACAUGUAUGCGAUCGCUGGCAUGCCUGUCAUCUGCUCUUUACCCCUCUACUCUUGGUGCAUCAAGGUGGUCUGGAUCUAUUCGCGGGUCAUAGAUACGGCGGGCAUCGGGUUGUAUAUAUCCACGUUUGUCGGAGAGUGCAUGUCAUCUUUACCUCGUGCAGUCCGAGUAAUUCACAAAGUACCCGCCUGCCAGAGCUCCCGCUCCGUGUGUAUAGAAGAAUAAUCUGUGCUUCGAAGAGCGAUGGCUAUCUGUAACUAUAUGUACCUUAUGUAUGUAUGUAUGUACUAGUAUCG